CUACAUUUCGUGGAAUGUUCUCUAGUUUGUUCUCGUUUUGUGCAAAAAUACAGUUUUUGAUGCACCGCAAUCUGAUAUUAAAAGUCAAGAGACACACUGUACGACAAUCUUGUUUCGAAAUGUGGAGCUCGAAUAGGAUAAAACGGGUACAAACUGAAGAAUAUUCUACACAAUUUAGAAGAUACUACUAAAUUUCCACUAAAUUUGACAAUAUAAGGGUGGACGUGUAAGAAGAUUCAUAGUUGAGGGGAGUCAUUGUAAUUAACCAAACUGGAGAGGUUGUUUGUAAUUUAACCAUACCUCAGGGGCUGAUUGUAAUAUUUUUGUAAAAAAAAAUUGGUUAAAAAUUGGAAAAUUAAUUUCACAGUAUUCGUUUCUCAACCCCUCACUUUCAUCCCACACACUCAAAUGGCGGACCAAACACGCGCCACCAUCUCCGCCGCCUCAGCGCCGUCGUGUGCGGCGCCACUCAUCCCGAAUCUCCCAGACGACAUCUCACUCCAAAUCCUAGCUAGAGUACCUCGCUUCCGCCACCCCUUCCUCUCUCUCGUCUCGAAAUCAUGGCGCUCCACCGUAAAUUCACCUGAGCUCUUCCGCACCCGAUCGCUCCUCCGCAUCUCCCAUUUCUCUCUCUACCUCAAUCUCCGCCACGAUUCCUCUUUCUACUGGUACGCCGAGCAAAACCCCCAAAAUUCCAAAAGCACCGUCGUCUCUCUCCCCUCCAUCCCCCACCACCACCCAGUCGGAUCAUCAAUCCUAACCCUAGGCCCCAAAAUUUACGUAAUCGGCGGCUCAAUCAACGAUAUCCCGUCCAGCAACGUCUGGAUCUACGAUUGCAGGUUUCAGAAAUGGGGAAUCGGGCCUAAAAUGAAGGUCGCUCGUGAAUUCCCCGCCGCCGCGGAAUGGAACGGUAAGAUAUACGUACUCGGUGGGUGCAAUGUGGAUAAUUGGACCCGGUCAAUCAACUGGGCAGAAGUAUUCGACCCGAAAACAGGGGUUUGGGCCCCAAUUCCGAGUGCGGACUCAAUCGAGCUGAGGCAUAAGUGGAUGCACGCAAGUGCAAUAAUUAAGGGUAGAUUCUAUGCUAUGGCGGAUAGAGGUGGAGUGGUUUAUAACUUGGAUAGUGGGGAGUGGGGGAAUGUGCCCAAGAGGUUGGAUAUGGGGUGGCGGGGUAGGGCGGCGGUGGUGGAGGAUGUGCUGUACUGCUACGAUUACUUGGGGAAGAUACGAGGGUAUGAUGUGGAGGAGGAUAAGUGGAGGGAUUUGAGAGGGGUGGAAAAAGGGUUGCCGAAGUUCUUGUGCAGUUCGACAAUGGUGAAUUUGAGUGGGAGGUUGUGUGUGGUGUGGGAAGGGAAAGGGAAUGGGAAUCGGAAGGAGGUGGAUGUUAUGUGCGCGGAGAUUGAGGUUAAGAAGGAUUCCGAUGGUGGGUUGAGCGGGUCGAUUUUGCGGGUCGGUGUGAUUCUUGUUGUUCCUAAAGGGGUUUCGAUUUCGCAGUGCUUGGCGGUUGAGUUUUGAUGUGUUGUUUGCAGUUGUUGAAGGAUAAAGUUUUGCAUACAGGUUUCUUGUUCGUUUGCAAGUACAUCUCGAGUUCUUGAGUUACAAGAUUGUUAUACAAGAAGCUCUCAGAAUCUCGAGUUCUAAGGUUAGUGACGUCCACAAGGACCAUUGUUUGUGAUUCAUAUGUGUGUGUAUUAUGUAUAUAACGAAUUCAACAAUCAAUAAUACACCAACUUUGAAAGUAAAGUUGUUAGUGAUGACUAGUUGAGAGACCCUUGCGAUUUUUUUAUCAACGGUUCACUUCUCCUCGUAAUUUUGUCUACUUUGUUUAGAGAAGAUUGAUCAUUAUUAUUCUUAUUAAAUAGUGAUUCUUGAAGAAAUUAACUUAUAAUUAUAUAGGAAAAAUUAGUAUUUUCUUGAUGAACAUUUUAUCCUCUAUUUCGAAACGAGAGAUCGAUGAUAAACGGGAUUGCUUAUGAUUUGGAUACAAGAAUUAAAUAAUGUUUGUUCUUAUUUCUUCAAGAAAUUCUCAAUUUGUAAAAGUACCUUAAAGACGAUGUAAACAAAAUGGGUUAAGUCGAAUAUCUUACUUGACAGCAAUAUCAUAAUUCACACUAUGAGACGAUUUAAAAACAAGAAACGAAAAAAACCGAGACUUAUUGAGAUCUUACUUCCUGAAGAAACUCUGAUUUUAUUUUAUUUCUUUUGAUAUUAGCUUUCGAAUCGGGAUCCGAGGGAAAUUCAUAAUGGUUUUGUUGAAAUUUUUUUAAUUGUGCAAUUUAAUGAACGUAAACGUAAUCUCUCUCUCUCUCUAACCUCGUUUUCUCUGAAGACUCCCCACACUAAUAUUUCCUCCUACAGUCUUCUCCUCUAUCAGUGUGUCACUGACAUUAAUUUCACAAAGUAAAAGGGUGGUGAUAUACGCAGGCCAAAUUAAACAUUCAGGCACUUUUUUACCAUGGUUUUUUACCUUUUUACCAUAACUAUUUACCUUUUGUACUAUUCCUACCAAAUCCUAUAAAAUAUAAAACUCAACAUUCAAAGUGAAAAAUUUCAGAUAUUCAACAAUUUUUGCGAUGGAUCCAAACAACUUAGACCCGAAUGAAGUAUACAUAGAUGUGGAUGAAGAUAUUGAAACAUUCGAGCUACAUGAUUUCAGUGAAUUUUUCACAAUUUCGACUGCAUUUGAUAGUAAAGAUGCACUAGUCGAGUGGGCGAUGAAUAUGGCCAUCAGUCAUGGACAUGAGAUUAGGCGACAGUCUUACCACGAGGGCCGACAAUAUUUGACUUGCAAAAGAGCCUAUAAGAGUCGAGGAAAAAAUGCAGAGGUCGAAACAAGCCGGAAGUCCGGUUCAAUAAAGUGUAAAUGCCCUUUUGCGCUAUGGGGUAAAGAGGGUCGUGAUGGAUUAUGGCGCCUUACCAUCAAAAAUGGCAAGCACAAUCAUAAUCCUCAUAAAUAUCCACAAGGACUACGUUCGCUAAGUCGUCUGACUGAAGAGCAACGAGAAGUGACAAAGAUACUGAAAAAGAGCCAUGUGAAGCCGAAGGAAAUUUUGCAUCAUCUGAGGCAGGUGAAUCCGGAUACGGCUGCGUCCUUGAGAGAAGUGUACAAUGAAUCACAGAAAAUUAGACGAGAGGAAAUGAAAGGAAAAACAGUUAUACAACAUCUGUGGCACGAACUAAGUGAGAGUGGAUA